GUCGCCUCACAACGGCUGGACCGUUCAGAGACUGCGGCGGCCGGGCGCGGCGGCGUCAAGAUGGCGGCUGCGGCAGUAGCGGCGGCGGCCGCAGCAGCCGCAGCUGCAUCUCUGCAGGUACUGGAGAUGGAGAGCAUGGAAACGGCCGCCGCCGGCUCGGCGGGGCUGGCCGCCGAAGUCAGGGGCAGCGGCACGGUGGACUUCGGGCCCGGGCCCUGCUUAUCUGCCAUGGAGGCGAGCGGGGGCGAUCCUGGCCCGGAGGCCGAGGAUUUCGAGUGCAGCUCUCACUGCUCCGAGCUGUCGUGGAGGCAGAACGAGCAGCGGCGCCAGGGCCUCUUCUGCGACAUUACCUUGUGCUUCGGCGGUGCCGGAGGCCGCGAGUUCCGAGCCCACCGUUCGGUGCUGGCCGCCGCCACCGAGUACUUCACGCCCCUGCUCUCGGGCCAGUUCUCCGAGUCCCGCUCGGGCCGAGUAGAGAUGCGCAAGUGGAGCUCCGAGCCCGGGCCCGAACCCGACACGGUGGAAGCCGUUAUCGAAUACAUGUACACCGGGCGCAUCCGCGUCAGCACGGGCAGUGUGCACGAGGUGCUGGAGUUGGCCGACAGGUUCCUAUUAAUUCGUUUAAAAGAAUUUUGUGGAGAAUUUCUUAAGAAAAAACUUCAUCUCUCUAAUUGCGUGGCCAUCCAUAGCUUAGCUCACAUGUAUACCCUCAGCCAACUUGCUCUGAAAGCUGCCGACAUGAUACGGAGAAAUUUCCACAGAGUAAUUCAGGAUGAGGAAUUUUAUACUUUGCCUUUCCAUCUUAUUCGAGACUGGUUGUCAGACUUGGAAAUUACGGUUGAUUCCGAAGAGGUUCUUUUUGAAACAGUUCUGAAGUGGGUUCAGAGAAAUCCUGAAGAGAGGGAGAGAUACUUCGAAGAACUUUUUAAAUUGCUCAGACUGUCCCAGAUGAAACCUACUUACCUUACUCGGCAUGUCAAACCAGAGAGGCUGGUGGCCAGUAAUGAAGUUUGUGUCAAGUUAGUGGCCGACGCAGUCGAGAGGCACGCUCUGAGAGCUGAGAACAUACAGUCGGGCACAUUCCAGCACCCCACUUCUCCUGUCUCGUUAUUACCUCGUUACGGGCAAAACAUGGACGUGAUCAUGGUUAUUGGGGGCGUGUCGGAAGGAGGAGACUAUUUAAGUGAAUGCGUAGGGUAUUUUGUCGAUGAAGACAGAUGGGUAAACCUGCCUCAUAUUCAUAACCACCUGGAUGGACAUGCAGUCGCAGUAACAGAAUCCCAUGUGUAUGUUGCUGGAUCAAUGGAACCAGGGUUUGCAAAAACUGUGGAAAGGUAUAACCCAAAUUUUAAUAUAUGGGAACAUGUUUGUAGUCUGAUGACAAGGAAGCAUUCUUUUGGGCUAACGCAAGUCAAAGGGAAGCUCUAUAGCAUUGGAGGACACGGCAACUUUAGUCCUGGCUUUAAAGAUGUUACUGUUUAUAAUCCUGAGCUUGAUAAGUGGCACAACUUGGAAUCAGCACCAAAGAUUCUUCGAGACGUCAAAGCACUAGCCAUUGAGGACAGGUUUGUGUACAUUGCUGCCCGCACUCCUGUGGACCGGGACACCGAAGAUGGGUUAAAGGCUGUAAUUACUUGCUACGAUACAGAGACUCGACAGUGGCAAGAUGUGGAAUCUUUGCCACUUAUAGACAAUUACUGCUUCUUCCAAAUGUCCGUGGUCAAUUCAAACUUUUAUCAGACAGCAUCGUGCUGUCCCAAGAGUUAUUCUUUAGAAAAUGAAGAGGCAGUCAGAAAAAUUGCCAGCCAAGUUUCUGAUGAGAUCCUUGAAAGCUUACCUCCAGAAGUCCUAAGCAUUGAAGGGGCAGCCAUUUGCUAUUACAAAGAUGAUGUUUUCAUCAUUGGAGGCUGGAAAAACAGUGAUGAUAUUGACAAGCAGUAUCGGAAAGAAGCCUACCGAUACUGUGCUGAGAGAAAGAGGUGGAUGCUUCUUCCUCCCAUGCCACAGCCUCGAUGUAGAGCCACUGCUUGCCACGUGAGAAUCCCAUACCGGUAUUUGCAUGGCACACAGAGAUACCCUAUGCCUCAAAACUUAAUGUGGCAGAAAGACCGGAUCAGACAGAUGCAAGAAAUACAUCGGCACGCCCUAAACAUGAGGCGAGUGCCAAGCUCUCAGAUUGAAUGCUAGGUUCUCUAAUAUGUGCAGCUUAACAGUUAUACUUGUUUCAUGAGAGUGAAGAUAUCUAAGACUGUUACUUGAAAAAGUAUGUUGAUAACUUAUUUUCUACAUGAAUUGAUUAUUGCCUCCUAUAAAAGAACUAGAGUUAAAAACAGAAGACUGGGAAACUAAGUACAUGGUAAUUUUUGUUAGCCUGCAGUCUUUUUGUGUCUUUGGUUUCUGUCUCUGGUUUGUAUGUAUGUGCUAGCUAAAGAAGAUCUUAUUAAAGGCAAGUGGAAAAACCAGGUGUAGGUACCUGGCUUGUUUUCUGCCAAGAAGUUGUAACUCCUUUGUCUUAUGGACUUAGGUUUUGAACAUGCUUUAAGCACCAAUUUCAUUUGCACAUUUACCUUAAUAUUUCUUUUAAUCUUUUCCUGAAUCAUUGGCUUUGACAAGAUCAGAACUUACACAUUGAGCCCCCAUCUGCAAGAGGUGUGUGCAGUAGUGAGACUGAAAUUUGAAGGGAAAAGCACAAUAUUUCAGCAAGAUGAUUUUAGACUGUUUGCAUUGGUAUUUUGUUUAUCUAGAAAUGCUAUUUUUUUUCCUUCUAGAAUAGUUGACUGGUGAGGAAUUUGUGAUUGGCUCAUGCAUUUUUGAACAUUUUUCAUUUCUUUAGCAACUGAAUUGUCAACUUGAAGCUGUCACUCUGAGAUGAUGGUAGUGGGCAACAGUAUUAAUCUUUAGCUGAUUGAAUACAGAGGACAUUAUAUAUGUGAAAUUCAUUUCUUGGAGAAAUAUUAGUGCAGACUGAGAAAUCAAAGGCAUUAAAAACUUUUAAAUACUUUUUUCAGAAGUUGCAGGUUUAUUUGAGGAUAAGUUGAUGAGUGUAAAUAAUGCCUAUGACAAUCGACACUCAAUGCCUUCAAUUUUAAAUUUUGCUCUAAUACAUAUUUAAUAGAAUCCUCAUUCCUUUCUUAAAAAAAAAAAAAACACCUUUUUUUGAAAUGGAAAGGAAAUAACAAUUUAGAGAAAUGUUGCUAAAGAGAAGCCUUAUUAUUUCUCAGCCCCGGUUGUUAUGUUAUAUCCAGUUGCCCUAGACCUUUUUUUUUAAAAUGAGAGUUUAUUUGAGCCUAACUAGCCACAUAUGCCUGGAACUAGGAUCUCAAAUGCUCCCCAGUUGCCCUAGACUUUUCAUUGAAACUUUACCUGAGCUUAGAAUAUAAAAUUUAAGUGCAUAAGUCUGGCUCUUUAAAAUUUAUUGCUGUAGUUAAUCUUUUAUUUAUUUUUAUGCAUUCUUACGAUUCUCUUAUACACUCCCAAGCUUUAUACAAAUUAGCACUCAGGUUGACUAUUUUAGCACUCAGUAACUUCUGCUCUUACUGUUUGCAAUGUGGAUCCCGCAUAUUUUUCUUGUUUCUUUUGGAGUGUGUCUACUUUCUUAGACAUUCCAGAAUACUGUCCUAGAAAUUAAACUCUAAGUGAUUUAUUUUUGUUCCCUACUCCAUUAUAGUUAACCUUUUUAUUAGUUAUGUCAAACAUUAAAACAAAAAAAAAAUACAACCAGAAAGUUUAAAGUUUGCAGUUUGCUGCAAAACUAUUAAUGUUUAACCCUUGGACUCUAUACUAAGAAUUUUCCUGAAAUUUCUAAAUUGAUACCCCUGCCUAGGACAGUUUUUUCAAUAAACACAUAGGAAAUCUGCUUUAAAACCAUUUAAUUGAACCCUGGCCAGCUGGUGUACUUGGUUGGAGCAUGGUCCAGCACACCAAAACGUUGUGGGUUCGAUUCCUGAUCAGGGCACAUACCUAGUUUGUAAGUUUAGUCCCCCUUUGGGAGAGGAUAGAU